GAAAUUGAAAGUAAAGAAGAGAAGACAGAAGUAGGCGGACAUUACUGGGGCAUCAGGACAACGCUCUGGUGGGGCAAAUGAGUGCAGAUUUCAGAAUGUUCCGCUUCUGUCUUUGUCUUCUCUUCCUGCCCCUGGCCUGGUCCCUGCCCCUGGCGGGGUGGGUGGAGUCGCCUGGGUACCCCCGUGGGUAUGAGCCGUUCAGCACGCUGACCUGGGCCCGCUGCGCUCCUCCAGGCCACGCCCUCACCCUCGCCCUCACCCACCUGGACCUGGAGGACGGCUACGAGUGUGAAAACGAUGCCCUGAAGGUCUAUGCUGACGGAAGCCUCAUUUCCACCCUGUGUGGGAGAAUGUCCCUGGAGGAGCUGCGGUCCUCCGUCAAUCCGUCUCUUCUGUCCUCCUCUGGUGGCUGUCUAAACUUGUCCUUCAGUGCAGACUAUUCCAACACUGAGAGACACACCGGCUUCAGGGGUUUUUACACCAUACAGGAUUAUGACGAGUGUGACGAUCCGAACAUUGAGUGCUCACACUUCUGCUUGAACUUCAUUGGAGGCUACAUGUGCACAUGCCCGCCUGGCUACGUUCUCGAUGCAGACAAGCACACCUGCAGUGUACACUGCACCGAGGAUCUCUCAGGGUCUCGGCGAGGUCAGGUGACCCCUCCUGGCAGCCCGGGUCCCUAUGCUGAGGAUGCCCACUGCUCUUACAGUCUGUCUGUGGAGGAGGGCCUGCAGCUGGUGCUCGAGUUCACUGAAGAGUUUGAUGUGGAGGCCAAACCAAGUGGAGAAUGUGCUGAUGCAGUGAAGAUUAAAACCCCGUCUCAGACUCUCGGGCCAUACUGUGGCCGCGUUCCCCCCAGCCCCAUCCACACAGGGAGCAGCCAGGUCCAGAUUCUGUUUGACUCGGAUAAUGCCGGAAUCAACAUGGGCUUCACUGUCGCAUACAAGACCGACAGGAUGACUUGCCCCAAGGAGCUGACGACAGACUCCACUCUCGAACCCAAACGACAGCAGUACUGGAUGGGGGACACCGUCACCGUGACCUGUGACACAGGGACCGUCGUAGACGAGGUUGUAGGCCCUGGCAUUAAAACCAACAUGACGUUUGAGAGCAGAUGCCAGCUGAAUGGAUUGUGGGAGCCCCUCUACACGUGUGAGAAGGUGAGGUGUGAAGAGCCAACUCUCCUCUACCCACUCAAGAUACAGGAGCCGCUGUCGACACUCUACGGGAGUGAAAUCCAAUUCACCUGUGACUCCAAUUAUUACAAACUAGAUAGUGAUGAGGUGUUUACAUGUAAGGCAGAUGGACUCUGGAAAUCCAGGACUGGUCAGACAAAAAUACCAAGAUGUCUUCCUGUUUGUGGACAAACACACAGUCAGAUCAGCAGUGGCAGGAUCCUGGGUGGAAUGGAGGCCAAACUAGGACAGAUACCUUGGCAGCUCCUCAUCAAACGUCCAAACAGAGCAGGAGCCUCCCUGAUCAGUGACCGCUGGGCUAUAACUGCAGCUCAUGUGGUGGAUAAUGUUAAUAAACUGAUGUUGUAUGGAGGUAUGGUGGUGGGUAACAUAAAUCCAGUUGAAAUGGAGACUGACAAGAUCAUAAUCCACCCUCAGUAUGAAAGAAACAAAGGCACAGGUGAUGACCAUCGGACAAGCUUUGAUAAUGACAUUGCUUUGCUCAAAAUGUCCUCUAGGGUCAAACUUAAUGCAAACCUCCUCCCAAUCUGUUUGCCAGAGAAGGGUGCUGCCCUUGAGUUGAAAAUGGGCACCGUGUCAGGAUAUGGAAUGACUGAGAACAAAGACAUGUCUGGAAAGUUACGAUAUGCAAACAUAGAAGAAUAUAAGAAAGAAAAAUGCAACGAAACACCUGAUAAUGAAAAAGGAGAGCGGCUCAUUUUCACUGAGAACAUGUUCUGUGCAGGAUGGGAAGGCAGAGACAGCUGUAGGUUUGACAGUGGAGGUCCUCUGUUUGUGCCCAUGGUUGGUAUGGGGAAGGCAGAGGAUCCCUACAGGCUGAAAGGUAUUGUGUCCUGGGGUUCUGACUGUCGCCAGGGGGACAAUAAAGGAUACUACACCAAGGUGCAGAAGUAUUUGGACUGGAUCAGGGACACCAUAGCGAAAGAGGAUGGGGAUUAGGGACGCCAUAGAGAAAGAGGAUGGGGAUUAGGGACACCAUAGAGAAAGAAGACGGGGAUUAGGGACGCCAUAGAGAAAGAAGACGGGGAUUAGGGACACCAUAGCAACAGAGGAUGGGGAUUAGGGACGCCAUAGCAACAGAGGAUGGGGUUUAAGGGAAAGAAGAUGGGGUUUAGGGACGCCAUAGCAAAAGAGGACGGGGAUUAGGGACACCAUAGCAACAGAGGAUGGGGUUUAGGGAAAGAAGAUGGGGUUUAGGGACGCCAUAGCAAAAGAGGACGGGGAUUAGGGACACCAUAGCAACAGAGAAUGGGGAUUAGGGACGCCAUAGCAACAGAGGAUGGGGUUUACUGUAGAAAGACUCUGGAGGCAUCAUACUGUAUUUAGUCAUAGACAUAUACUGUAUGUUAUAUAGAAGAAAUAAGGUCUGUUAUACUUGGCUCCUUAAACCACUGUACCUCUGUGAAGUCUGAAUUAAACUGAAUUAAACUGCAUUGCUUCCUUAUGACUGCACCAAGGCACAGAAUAAACAUUUGUUGUCAUUUAUUCAUAAACACAUUUUUAUGUAUCUUCUUAGUGGUCGAAUGACACCAAUGAAUGUCCAGUGUUGUUUCUUGCAGCUUACACAUGGGCAGUUUCAAUAAAAAAAACAAUAAAAGGUCAAUGAGU